AUGACAAAAUCAAUUGAGUGCGGUCUCCCAUCACAAGCGCCUCAGAUAAUGCCGCAAUAUUGUGAGUUCAGAAAGCCCCUGUCGGAGCUGAAUGGAGCUACGCUGGAUUUGUCAAAGUUGGUUGCGAAACGAUUCCGCUUCCUGGUCAUUGACUCGUUACUCAACGACCAAGUCCUGGAAAUCACUUCCUUCUCAGCUCUACCGACAGAUGGGAAUUGUUUUGCCACGAUUUCUUACCCAUGGCAGGGCCUGACUCCUCUUGUACCCCCCUCACUUGGCCAAUUCUCAAUCAAAGGUGCCGAAAGUGGCGGGUCGAUCAGUGUAAAUGUCUUGAGGACAUGCUGCCGGGCUGCGAGACAAUAUCGUCAUAGGAUAGGCCCUUGUGAUCUGUUGUGGAUAGACCGCUUGUGUAUAAAGCAGCAGGAUAAAGAAGACAAAAAUUGGCAAAUCCGGCAUAUGUUCGAUAUCUACAGGAGUUGUGCCGUGUGCCUGGUUCUUCCUGGUGGCUUGGGAAGACUAAUCGACCCGACGGAGCGAUCAACAUGGGCUCAGCGAGCUUGGACGCUACAGGAAGCGAUUGCUCCACCAAUUGUGCUGGUUGUGUUUGAAUGGAAAUUCUCGGAUUAUUACGUCAGUUAUAACGGCGAACCUGUCGGAACAAUAGAGCCAUUCCAUUCGGGUGCGUUAUCAUUGCUGGGUUUAGUUGUGGCAGUCCGCAAAGGGUUCUGGGUGAAGUUAAAAUUGCGUCGCCCCGGGGACCCUGGGUACGAUGUAGUGCAAGAAGAACUUUCACGAUUACGCGGGAUCGACUGCAUAUCAUUCAGUGAGGGCUCUCUAUCAAAGCCCGGCUCGUCUCAAUUUGAAGAAUUCUCGGAUCAUGAGGAAGACAGGAUUGAGAUCCGCUUUCGGAUGCAAACCAUUACAGGAAAUCAGGCAUACCUUCUUUGGCUUACCUCAGAAACAUCAAAGCCAAAUGACUUUGGUGAAGUUAACAGCGACAAACUACAAGUGGCUCUGUGGAAGGCAACAUGGAUACGAAGUUCUUCUCGGCCAGUUGACAUGGUAUUUAGUAUCAUGGGGCUGUUCGGUGUGAGCCUAGACCCUAGCAAAUUCCACCGAGAUGACCGGGUGGGAGCAACCUUGGCCCUGGCCUCGGCUGCGCUGCAGAAAGGUAGUACUGCUGCAUGGCUUGGGGCAUAUUUCGAGUUGGAUCCAUGUCCCUUCAUGUCUAGCUUUCCCUCAUUUCCAAACACUUCGGAAAGUGGAGGCUGCACUAUUAAAACAGCAGCCGGUUUGAUAAAUGUGGAAGAUCUGGUAAAUGUGAUGAACAUCAUAUUGCCGACACGCUCAGCUACGCUCGAUAGUCAAGGCUAUUUGCAUCUCAAAAGCCAGGCAUCCCCCUCGUUCGAAGUGAGGAAGGUUCAAGCUCAUCUGCAAAUCACAUAUCUGCUCAGAAUGGGGCAUGGGUCCUCGAUUCUUCGAAUAAAGGACACAGUCGGUAUUAUGCAAUCACAUUCGGCAGAAGAGAAUGGAUUGUACCGGGUGCGGAGCCUUGCUUGA